CCAAUCACAGUCGAAUUAUAAAAGAAAGGUCGAUUAUGAUUGAGUCUAUUUCUUAAAUAUUACGCCUUAAAUUCUCAUUGUGGACCCGACGACCCGAUCGGCAUCGUAGACUCUUUCGUGGGUUGACAGUCUUCCGAUCUCUCACGUUUACGGUUGCAAUUACGGAUCUUCGGAUUGUAUCCGUGCCUUUAUUCUCUAAUUGUAUACCUUGCACAUCGGUUCAAUUCAGGUUCGGUUCUCCCAUGCGGUCCCAGUUCAGUCAUAAAGAACGAAUCUGUGCCGUGUUCGAAACAUGUGCACGCAACUUCACAAAUGGAAAAGGCCUUGAAGAGGUUGUUGCGGGUAUACCCGGUGGCGCGCAAUUGGAUGGCCCUGUCGAAUUACACGGCGCCGUUGCAGUCCGUGCAGAACGCAUCGCAGAUGUACAGCACCAAUUUAAGCGAUUACUCACAAAUGGAAGAUAUCACCAAGUUGUCGGCGAGAAGAAAUGCGUUUAACACUACAAGGAUAAUACAGGAGCCCGAGAAAAUACUGGAGGCUGCAGCAACGGAUUACAUAAACAUGACCCUGCACGAUGCAGUCAACAUGUUGACCAUGUUAUUCAGAGCCUCGAGAAGAACGAAGAGCAUGUGUCACAUCGAAAGCCACAUGGGCUUCGUGCGUUUGUGCGAAGUGCUGAACAGAGGCAUGAGAACCAUGAAGUUGCAGGACGUCAUCGAGUGCCUGAAGGUGUUGACGUAUUUCCAGACUUGCAGCAACAGCUUUCUGAUGCAGUCGCUGUUGCAAAUGAUCCGGACGAAUGUGAACGAGAUGUCACUUCACGAUAUCAUUUUCACGACGUUCUUGUUGAACAAAAUAGAAACGACACCGCUGAGGGACGCCCUGCUGAUAGCUCUGCCUUUGGUGUUCGAGGUGCAAUUACCGACGAAAUUGGACACAGACGACGUGACUCUGUUGAUAUGGUCGUUGAGAUUCGUAAGCGAGCACAACGUGCAGAAUCAAGAUGUGCUCGAGAUAAUUCUCAAGUCGUUGUACAACCACGAGGACACCCUGGACACGCAAAUGGCCAGGUCGAUCUUCUAUAGCUUGUGUCACCUAUCUGACUUAUCUCCGACGGCCCAUAAACUGUUGUUCAACGUACAAGAUAUCCUUGCAUCCUCGGCGAAAGAAAUAAACGUUGGGGACAUAACGAAGAUACUCGAAAAAUUAUCGUCCGCCGCUGUAAGCCGAGAACAGCCGUCUAUAUUUUACAACGAGACGCACGUGGACACCCUCGUCAAUUCGGCGUUAUCCUCCGACGUUGAUUUUGCGAAGGGCAUAUUCAUACUCAAAUCGUUGAACGACUUAAAUCACAUGCACAUGCCGUUACUGGAAUACCUGGCGGGGAAGUGCUUCGAGAACUCGAGUCUCUUGAAAGGCGCGUCGUACAACAAAAUCUCCACCUUCCUCGAAGGGUUCAUCAACGCCGAUUACAAGCCGGUAUUUUGGGAUACCAUAAAAGACGCAAUAUUGGAGAAUAUCGAGACGGAUAAGCGAUUCUUCAACAGAUCGUUCAUUAGGUUCGCCCUACAUCUGAUCGCGUUAGACUGCUACAGCACGAAUUUGCUCAGAAAAGUCUUCUCCAUAAAUGUAAGACUGAACGAACCGAUGAAAAACGUUUAUGCCAGGGAGAUGUUACUUUUGUAUCAAAGCGUCAAGGCGCUGUAUCCCACGUACGACGGGCCGUGGCCGCAACAGGACUUGCUCGAAUACGCUAACACAAUUAAACUGACACCGCCCGCGCAUUCUCUCAAGCCAGCCUUGGAACGGGCAUUGGGCGGCCCGCAAUACGCCCAUCACAAUUUAAAGACCAGACUUGGCCAUCAUAUCGAUCACGUGAUCGUAAUGAGAAAGGGCGGAUAUCCUAUUGCAAUUAAUACAGAGACAAAUAUUUCUAGCAUAUCUAAGAUUGCCUAUGUUGAGGAUAUACAAACUCCAAGUGAAAGUCAAAUGAUAUUUAUCUUCAAUUUACCCGAUAGCGCGUACGCCGUGAAUUCGCAGAGACUGAAGAGCACAUGGGCAUUAAAAAUCAAGUCCGCGGAAACGCUGACGAACUCCAACACGAUUGGCAUUAAUUCGAAUUCUUGGAUGAAGCUUCCGGAAUACGAAAGGGUUCCUUACUUAAUGCAAGCGAUAAAACUGAAGUGCGAAGUCUCGAUGAAUUGAAGCACUUUAGAUCAUAAUUAAAACAGUAGUAGAAAAUAUUCUCUACUUGUGCAUAUAUGAUCGGAUAAUUGAGAAAUAUUGCACAUUAUAAUGACAUUACAAUGAGGAAAAUUGAAUUUUUCUUGAUAGAGAUAUAUGCGUGAUUCUGCAUCGACAGCUGUAAAUAUUGUGAGAUAGCUGUGAUUUAGUCAAAGGUCAGAAUUGACGAAAGGCGAAGACUUGUACAACGUAAAAAAUCCCUUGGCAAAAUACAAAACAAGAAACAUAUUUACAUUUAA